AUGAAGGACGACGAGAAUGAAAACAAAAAGGACAAAUUCAAAAUACAUACCCUGGAAUACUUGCCUAUAAACGAAAAGAAGAUGGAGAAAUUCAAAACAGAAAUGGCAAACGACGUUAAGCUGCAACAAUUGAAGCAAGUUGUCUUGGACGGAUGGCCGGACACUAGAGCCGAGUGCCAGGAAGCGGUUAAACCCUACUGGAACUACCGCGAUGAAAUCGGAUACUACGAUGGAUAUGUAACGAAAAAUAAACGUCUGAUUGUACCCGACUCAUUGAGACCGGACAUGCUUAAAAAACUGCAUAAUACACACAUGGGGCUGGAAAAGACCAAACAACGAGCCAGAGAUAUUUUGUUUUGGCCAGGAAUCAAAACCGACAUCACCGAACUUAUUACAAGUUGGGGGGUGUGCAAUCAAUUUAAAAAUAAUCAACAAAGGGAGCCAUUACUUCAACAUGGAAUACCUGAUCGUCCUUGGCAAAAAGUCGGUACGGAUUUAUUCGAGCUGGAUCGUCAAAAUUAUAUUGUCAUUGUGGAUUACUUUUCAAAAUUCUUUGAAGUAGCGAAACUUACAUCAACCAAGAGCACAAGCGUUAUCAAGAAAUUAAAAGAAAUUUUUUCAAGAUACGGGAUACCAGAGGAAGUUAUGAGCGACAAUUUUCGAGCGAGGAAUUCAGGAAAUUCUCAAUGA